AGCAUGUGUGUGUGUGUGUGUGUGUGUGUGUGUGUGUGUGUGUGUGUGUGUGUGUGUCAAUGUAGGUCCAGAAUGUGAGUCAGUCCAUGGAGGUGGUGGACCUGCGGACCUCCAGAGACCUCCAGUAUGUCCGGGACUCUGAGCCCCUUCUCAGAGGCGUGGACGGACGUCUCCACACCUACGUGGCAAACUCCCGGGCGCUGACCACUAAAGGCCUGAAGGAGUUAAAGGGCCAGAUGUCUCAGCUGCGCCCCCUCCUGUCCGUGGUGGAGCAGUACCGGGCAGACCUGCAGACCCUGGCCACCCUGCGCUGGGAGCUCCUGAAUCUGUCCGUCAGCCUGUCCGGCAUCCAGGAGGAGAUCGGGGCCUACGACUAUGAGGAGCUACAGCACAGGGUUCUGAUGCUGGAGACCAGACUGCACGCCUGCAUGAACAAACUAGGCUGUGGUCGUCUGACCUGGGUGAGCAUCCCGAUCACUGUGAGGGCCUCUGGCUCUCGCUUUGGCUCCUGGAUGACCGACGCCAUGAUACCCAGCUCCGACAGCAGGGUGUGGUCUAUGGACGGCUACUAUAAAGGCAGGCGCGUGCUGGAGUACAGAACCAUGGGGGACUUCACCAAGGGCCAGAAUUUCGUGCAGCAUCUGCUGCCCCACCCGUGGGCCGGGACCGGACAUGUGGUCUACAAUGGUUCACUGUACUACAACAAGCAUCAGACCAACAUCCUGGUCCAGUAUCAUUUCCGCUCGCGCACCGUGGUGCUGCAGCGCAGUCUGAGCGGGGCGGGCUACAACAACACCUUCCCCUACAGCUGGGGGGGGUCCUCGGAUAUCGACCUGAUGGCGGACGAGACCGGCCUCUGGGCCAUCUACACCUCCAUACCCAGCGCUGGGAACAUACUGGUGAGCCGUCUGGACCCCCGCUCCCUGGAGGUCCUACAGAGUUGGGACACAGGCUUCCCCAAGCGCAGUGCGGGCGAGGCCUUCAUGAUCUGCGGCACCCUCUACGUCACCAACUCCCACCUGGCCGGCGCCAAGGUGCACUUCGCCUACCACACCAACACGUCCACGUACGAGUACACGGACAUCCCCUUCCACAACCAGUACUCCCACAUCUCCAUGAUGGACUACAACCCCCGGGAGAGAGCGCUGUUCACCUGGAACAACGGACACCAGGUCCUCUACAACGUCACGCUGUUCCACGUCAUCCGCAGCGACGGAUAGGUGGG